GCGUACUUUACCUAUAUUAUCUUUUCCUAUCAAUUCAAUAAUGCAUAUCUUCAUUGAUAACUUGUUUAAUAUAGUAUUUAUACACAAGGACCCAAGCUAUGCAGUAUUCGCUUGAAGUAAAUCAAAUCUGGUGAUCUAUAGUUAUGGCGUUGAAUAUUCUUCUUCUUCUUUCUAGUUUUUUGAUUAUCAUUGAAGCUGCUACCGUAUUCACCGACGGUAUUAGUCCCUCGCUUAACCGUAGUAGUUUUCCAGACGGUUUCAUUUUCGGAACAGCAUCGUCAGCUUACCAGUGUGAAGGUGCGGCAAAUGUUGGUGGCAGGGAACCAAGUAUAUGGGAUACUUUCACUCAUAAUUAUCCAGAAAAGAUAUUUAGCAGAAGCAGUGGAGACGUAGCCAUCGAUGAAUAUCAUCGAUAUAAGGAAGAUGUUGAGAUCAUGAAGGACAUGAACAUGGACGCUUAUAGAUUCUCCAUCUCUUGGUCCAGAAUACUUCCAAGAGGAAAGCUUAGUAGAGGUGUGAACAUGGAAGGAAUUAGUUAUUACAACAACCUCAUCAAUGAACUUCUAGACAAAGGAAUUCAGCCCUUUGUGACCCUUUUUCAUUGGGAUCUUCCUCAAAUACUUGAAGAUGAAUAUGGCGGCUUUCUAAGUUCCAAUAUAGUGAAUGAUUUUCGAGACUAUGCAGAGCUUUGCUUUAAGGAAUUUGGAGAUAGAGUAAAGCAUUGGAUCACAUUAAACGAGCCAUGGACCGUAAGCAAAUUCGGUUAUGGUGAUGGAUGGGCAGCACCAGGAAGAUGUUCACCCUGGCUUAACAAAAAUUGCACAGGAGGUGAUUCAGCUACUGAACCCUAUAUAGUGGCUCACAAUCAGUUACUUGCUCAUGCAACUGCUGUCAAAGUCUACAAAACCAAGUAUCAGGCAUCUCAAAAGGGCUUGAUAGGAAUAACGCUAUCGUGUGACUGGAUAGUGCCGCUCCAUGAUACAGAAUCAGACGUGCGUGCGUCACAGAGAGCCAUUGAUUUCACAUUUGGAUGGUUUAUGGAGCCAUUGACAGCAGGAGAUUAUCCAAUUUCCAUGCGAUCUUUGGUAGGAAGCAGAUUACCAAAAUUCUCUAAACAUGAGGUCAAGCUUGUGAAAGGGUCCUUCGAUUUUUUAGGAUUAAACUAUUACACUGCAAAUUAUGCUACUGAUGCACCUGAAUUUAGUAAGGCUAGACCUAGCUUGCUCACAGAUUCUCAAGUUAUUACUUCAAGCGAGCGUAAUGGAAUACCUAUUGGCCCGAUGACUUCUUCAAUAUGGAAGUCAGUUUAUCCAAAGGGAAUUUAUGACUUGUUGCUCUAUACUAAAACAAAGUACAACAAUCCUUUGAUAUACAUCACAGAAAAUGGUAUAGACGAGCUCAAUGAUCCAAAACUCUCACUUGAAGAAGCCCUUGCAGAUACACCGAGGAUCGAUUACUAUUAUAGUCACCUUCGUUAUCUUCAAACUGCAAUCAAGGAUGGUGUGAAUGUAAGAGGAUAUUUUGCAUGGUCGUUGCUCGAUGACUUUGAAUGGACAUUAGGGUACAUGGUGAGGACAGGAAUAAACUUUGUAGACUAUAAAAAUGGUUUGAAAAGAUAUCCAAAAAUGUCAGCCAUAUGGUUUAAGAAUUUCUUACAAAAGAAGAAACUUAUGCAUAGUGAUUUGCGCUAAGAAGGUGAACUUCGUGAAUGUGUGGCUUAAAUAUGAUUUUUUAACAAUAUUGUUCUAUUGAUACUUUAGUCCUAAUGGAAGAUGCAUUGUCUCAAGAUAUAAGUUUAUUUUGCAAUGAUGGGUUCCUAAAAUGUUAAAUCAAUUUCUCAAGAUGUAAAUGUUAAAUCAAUUACACAACGAUUUCAGGAUAGUUAUUAAAUUCCAAUCAUUUAUUCACACAAUGAUGCACAAGGUCACGACAUAUUCACAUUCGGAUUUUUCAUGGUAUUUGAACACUUCACAAUACACAAUGUGAUGCCCUUACACACUUUUAUGAAACUAUUCUCCACAAAGUUGAUACUAUCUACUCUAGAACACUUUUGAUGAACAUGGUACUAUGUUAUUGUGGAGGUAGACACAUGCAAAUCUUCGUAGACUGCCUUAACUGAUUCUGAGAUCCACGCAGGUGAGACAACAAAGAACAAUAAAGUUGCGCAAUAGCUUAUGGAAAUUGGGAUAUUUCUCCAAAUCACUGAUAACUUUCCGAACAUAUACCCUUGUGAUCUAUCAAGUAGAUCCCAACAAUUAGGCUCCAUACAAUUGUGUUCCUCCAUAUCACUAAUAAG